ACUACGGCCAGCAGCACAGCACUGGGUCAGAAGCUGUGUCAAGUGGCUGGUAAAGAAUUUCUGUCAAGGGAUCAGGGCCUUCUGACACAAUGGCAUGGAAUGCAACUUGUGAAAACUGGCAGGCAGUGGAGGCUGCUCUGGAAAAGUACUACCUUUCCAUUUUUUACGGGUUUGAGUUUAUUGUAGGAAUCCUUGGGAAUACUGCUGUUGUUUUCGGCUACCUCUUCUGCCUGAAGAACUGGAACAGCAGUAACAUCUAUCUCUUUAAUCUCUCUAUCUGUGACUUGGCUUUUUUGUGUACCCUCCCCAUGCUGAUGAGACAAUAUGCCCAGGGAAAAUGGACAUAUGGGGAUGUGCUCUGCAUAAGCAACCGAUAUGUACUUCAUGCUAACCUCUACACCAGCAUUCUUUUCCUCACUUUUAUCAGCAUUGAUCGAUACAUGCUCAUGAAGUAUCCGUUCCGGGAACACUUCCUACAAAAGAAAAAGUUUGCUGUUUUAAUCUCUUCGGCCAUUUGGGGUUUAGUAACCUUAGAGCUCCUGCCCAUACUUUCUCUUAUAAAUCCUGUUGUAGCUUCCAAACACACCAACUGUACUGAUUAUGCAAGUUCUGGAGACCCCAGUAACGUCCUCAUUUACAGCAUAUGUCUAACCUUCUUGGGGUUCCUCAUUCCUCUUUUUGUGAUGUGCUUCUUUUAUUUCAAGAUUGGUGUCUUCCUGAAGCAUAGGAGCAGGCAGCUCUCUACUGCUUUGCCCCUUGAGAAGCCUCUCACCUUAGUCAUCAUGGCAGUUGUGAUCUUCUCCGUGCUUUUUACUCCCUAUCACAUCAUGCGAAACGUGAGGAUUGCUUCACGCUGGGGGAUCUGGAAGCAGACCCCAUGCACUAAGGCCACCAUCAACUCCUUGUACAUUGUGACUCGGCCGUUGGCCUUUCUGAACAGUGUCAUCAACCCUGUCUUCUAUUUCUUUAUGGGAGAUCAUUUCAGGGAGAUGCUGAUGGAUAAACUGAGAUAUCUCUUCAAGUUCCUUACAUCCUUCAGAAGAGCUCACGGACUAACAUUUUCAUUCAGGGAAAACUGAGGUGCUUGUGUAACAGAUUGUUUUACACAAGCAGCUAUAGGCCAGUUAGCGUUUGAUAACUCACAGACGUAAAUCAGAGAGGGUCACAGAUUUGACCCUGUUUUAAAGGCAUGUUGGACCCAGGGUGUGUGAAAAGGAGAGGAUGGGAAGUAUUUAUUGGUUUCUUGACCUAAGCAUUGAAAGGAGUCGGACUAGCACCGUCUAAUGUUUGAGCACGUAAGUCCAAAAUUCUAGGUGUUAUAAGACCUUCUCAAUCAGUGUACAAGGAACAGAAGCUGGAUGAAGCAGCAAGUUGCCUGUGUUUAAUCACUGGUCAGAUUGUAAAAAAGACAAUUUUGUUGGCACCAUUCUGUAUGUUAUUCAUACAAUCUUAUAACUUUGUGUGAGAACCAAGUAAUAGAAGAUUGGUCAUAUGCUAUUAAAUAUUGUUGCUAGAAGUGCUCUUGAGCAUAUUUAGAGUAAACAGUAACAACAUGAGUAGAAAGCAAUAUAACGAGUUCAAGGAUGCCUAUAUUUCUUUAUAUUGAUCAUGAAUUGGGGUCAAGUUGUAAUUUUAAGCCCUUUUUUAUUGUAUGGUUUUUAGUGAAAAGAAUCCUAUAAAAUAAAAAAAGCUGGUUUAAUAAAGAGAGCGAUAUGAGACGGUUUAAUAAAGAGAGAGACAUAUUUGAGCUUGGAUCUCAGGAGACUUGGGUAUAAAUGAUUUUAUGCGAACGCUAGAGAGAGAUACCAAGGAUAACUGCAAAAAUUCCAAAGUCA